UCCAAUUGGGGACUAUUUAUGUGGUGAAGAAUGGGUUUCAUGGAAGCGCACGUGAAUCGAUGAUGGCUGGCACGAGCACCUCCAACGUGAUCCAAUCGAUGUUCGUAGAAUUACCAAGAAGGAACCGGUUCGGUCGGAUCUCCGGCAAGAGCCACCGUGUUUCCGCCACCUCCGACGUAAGCGCUGAGGGACCCUACUGCAUCUACGUUGGUCCCCUUGAAACCGCCAACAAAGAGACCCUUGAAGCUCUUUAUUACCAAGCACGAGAUGCUUAUUAUAGUGGUGAGCCUUUGAUAGUUGAUGACAUGUUUGAUAGAGUAGAGCUAAAGCUAAGAUGGUAUGGUUCAAAGUCAGUUGUUAAGUAUCCUCGAUGCAGUAUCAGGAGGCAUUCAACAUAUGCAGAUGCUGAGGAAGAUCUAUCUAUGGUUUUUGCAUUGGCAAGCGCAUGGGCGAUGUUCCUUGCAUUUGGCAGUUUAGCAUGUGUUGGACCCAUAUCGUACACUGUUGGCAUGGCUUAUCAAAAUGCAUUCGAUUCAGGACUAUCACAUGGUAGCCAAACUUUUGGGCUAGGAUUUCUGGCCUUGGUGAAUAGUAUCUUCAUUGUGCUGGGCUUUGUCAUCGGGUACCCGGUGUCUUCAGCUUCAGUUAAGGUGCUUCAAGGCCUGUGGAGGAAUGACUUGGUGGCACUAAAAGGAGCAUGUCCAAAUUGUGGAGAAGAGGUGUUUGCAUUUGUGAGAAUGGAUAGGAAUGUUGACUCACCUCAUAGAGCAGAUUGUCAUGUGUGUGAAUGCUUAUUAGAAUUUCGCACUAAAGUGGAGCAAUCGGGUUCAAGAUUAGGUAGACAAUGGGUUUAUGGGCGUAUUUACCUUGUAUCUCUAACGGGCAGAUCCCGACGCCAAAGACAGCUAUGAAUUUUCUUCCCUGCGUUUGUGACUUGCUUCUAGGACUGAGUAUAGUAAGGAAUCAGAGUAGCAUCAAUUUUCCUUUUCAUAUUUUAGUCUAGAACAGUUUUGCCUUAAACCAAUUUGAAAUAUUUUUCGUAAGGAAGAAGUUGACAUGUUAAGGAAUGGAUAGUUUCUUUGAUUUGAUAGCGUGUUAAUGUCGUGCAAGAUUUUGGGGGGUGAAAUUUGAUUUGUAAACUAAGAUUUUUUUCAUUUGAUGUCAAGAUCUCAAAUAGAAUUUCCAGUUUUAUUUGAUAUUAUGAUAAUACCGAAUAGAAUUUCUAGGAAAAUUGAAUUCUCAUGCAAAGCAGGAACCCAAUUCCAUUUAUACAAGUUGAUCUCUAUAUUUUUCAUCUUG